AUCAAAACAUAAUCAAAGAUGAAAGGUACAAGCUAUUUCGGCGUUUCUUUCAAACUUUUGACUGUUUUUUCGUUAUGGCUUGAUUGCACAAGCUCCCUGGACAAUGGAAUGGCCUUAACGCCUCCAAUGGGAUGGAUGGCAUGGGAGAGAUUUCGAUGCAAUGUUGACUGCGACACAUUUCCAGAUACUUGCAUUAGCGAGAAACUCUUUAUGGAUAUGGCAGACCGUAUGGCUGAAGAUGGAUUCCAGGAGGCUGGUUAUGAAUAUAUUAGCAUUGAUGAUUGUUGGAUGGAAAAAACACGCGAUAGCCAGGGAAGAUUACAACCAGAUAAGAAAAGAUUCCCCAGCGGGAUGAAAGCACUUGCAGAUUAUAUCCAUUCAAAGAAACUUAAAUUGGGAAUAUAUGCAGACUAUGGGACUCACACAUGCGCAGGUUAUCCAGGAAGUAUUGACAACAUGAUGCUGGAUGCAGAGACAUUUGCAAACUGGACUGUUGAUUAUCUGAAAUUUGAUGGUUGUUACUCUGAUCCUAAAACAAUGGCCACCGGAUAUCCAGAGAUGACUAAGGCUCUGAAUGCUACGAAGAGAGCAAUAGUGUUUUCUUGCAGUUGGCCAGCCUAUUUAAACCCAAAGCCAGACUAUCAAAUUGUUGCUAAAUACUGCAACUUAUGGAGAAACUAUAAUGACAUUCAGGAUUCUUGGGACAGUGUUCUAACUAUCAUUGACUACUAUGCGGAAAACCAAGACGCCCUUGCCAAGGCUGCUGGGCCUGGAAAUUGGAAUGACCCUGAUGAGCUAAUAAUUGGCGAUUUUUCGUUAAGUUUUGAGCAAAGCAAAUCACAAUUUGCAAUCUGGGCAAUAAUGGCAUCGCCUCUUAUUAUGUCGAACGAUCUUCGAAAAUUGGCACCAGAAUUCAAGGAAAUUCUUCAAAAUAAGGAUGUCAUAGCUGUAAAUCAGGAUAAACUUGGAAUUCAAGGAAAACGGGUGUAUAAAUCCACCAGUCACUAUGAAAUAUGGUGUAAACCAUUAGCAGACACUUCGGUAGCUGUGGUGCUGUUCAGCAAAAGGACAGAUAUGCCUAUUCAAAUAUCGUUCUCCUUUAAAACUGUUGGUUUCCCAGCAUCUUCUGCAAGAAUUAAAGACCUCUUCGCUUCCAAAGACCUUGGAGUUUUCAAAGAUUCCUUCAAAGGUCUCGUAAACCCAAGUGGAGUUCUCAUGCUGAAGUUGACUGAUAAUUGAAACAUUGGCGCAUCCCAAUAGUAAUAAUGAUAGCUAAUUUUGAUACAUUGUAUUGAGCGUUGAAUUUUUAUGUGUUGCAAUGAAUGUAAACGAUUGAAAGGUCUUUGUUCCUGAGGGAAAAAAUCCUUAACAAAGGCCUGAGUUCAUUUACAUUAAAUACGAUACAUGAAGGAUCCAACACAAAAAAAUUAGGAUUCUAAUUGAAGAUGUUAAUUGCGUCAAUUGAGACGUAUUAGAAGGAACUAAUGAACAAAAUAAAAUACAAUUAAAAAUCGCGCUUUUCUUGUUAAAUUAGAUUGAACCACGAAUGAAUCGCGGGUAUACUGAUUAAAACUGAAUAAUAUACCAUAUAUUACUAUAUCUCUCAAAAUUGUAAUUUAGCGACAUUUCUCACUGUACAUGCGCAGAUACUUUCAACUUCUUGCGUCCCACAUGCCUGCCGGUCGCGUACUGUUAUGUAUUUAAAAAUAAACACAAAUCAAUGUUUCCUGAGGUCCGAAUGGGGAGGGUUAUCACGAAUCUGUAUAUACAGGUCAAUAAGGUUGU